UUGCAAAGUCCAUUUAUCUACUCUCUCUCUCUUCUUCAAGAAGACAUCUCCAAUUUAAUUCUCACAAAAUCCCAAACCUUCUUUCAGAAGCUGUUAUAUACACACAAUUGUAGAGUAUAUAUUUUCAAGAACCCGUUAGAGCAGUCACAAAGAGCUAUAGUGUUUUGAGAAAUUAAUUAAAAUGAUGAUGGAAAAAGAAGAUCUGGGGUUGAGUCUCAGCCUAAGCUUUUCAACAGAGAAGAAGACAACAACCAUUAAUCCCAUGCAACUAAAUCUCAUUCCUUCAACAAUAUCUCCUUCUCCUAUUUCUGCCUUCAAUCUCAUUCACAAAUCUCCUAAUUGGACUCACUCAUUUCCUGAUACCUCGUCAGAUCGAAACUCGGAGACAUGCAGAUUAGUGGAAACGAGGAGUUUCCUAAAGGGAAUCGACGUGAACAGGAUGCCAACGACGGUGGACGCCGAGGAGGAAGCCGGCGUGUCGUCUCCAAACAGCACUAUUUCAAGUGUGAGUGGAAAUAAACGAAGUGAGAGAGAAGCAAACAACUGUGAGGAUAAUGAAAUGGAAAGGGCUAGCUCUCGUGGCAUUAGUGAUGAGGAAGACGGAGAAACUUGUAGAAAGAAACUCCGUUUAACGAAGGAACAGUCUGCCAUUCUUGAAGAUAGCUUUAAGGAACACCACACACUCAAUCCUAAGCAAAAAUUGGCUUUGGCAAAGAGACUGGGAUUAAGGCCACGGCAAGUGGAAGUGUGGUUCCAGAAUAGGAGAGCUAGGACAAAAUUGAAGCAAACAGAAGUAGACUGCGAAUUCUUAAAGAGAUGCGUUGAGAAUCUGACAGAAGAAAACAGGAGAUUACAGAAGGAAGUUCAAGAGCUAAGGGCACUAAAGCUUUCACCUCAAUUCUACAUGCAAAUGACCCCUCCCACCACCCUCACCAUGUGUCCUUCAUGUGAGCGUGUUGCGUCGGGCCCCACAAAUACACCUGUCAACAUCCCGCCCCAGCGGGUUGGUCCACCUCAGCAACAACCUAUGCCCUUAAACAUGUGGGCCCCCACAGCCAUCUCACAAGGGCAAUUUGGUCAAAUGGACUCUUAUCCUACAUUUGGAAGACAAAAGUGACAAUGACAAAUUGUGAAUAUUGAGUACCAUAAUGUGUAGGCAGGAAUAAUGUGUUAAGAUAAGGUUGUUGAGGUUAUGGAGAUUUGGUGGGUCUAGAAAAUCUCUUGCUUUUAUUGUUGACCCUCCAAUUUUUCUUUUGCUGACUAAUUAGGGUUAUGUCAUUUUACUCUAUUUAGUAAUAGUUCCUUCUUUCCCAUUUCAACAUCAUUAUUUGUGGGGACUGGAGAAGAGUAGUGCUUUUUGGUGUAAAGUAAUGCAAGGAUACCCAAUCACUU